GUGUUUCCCGUCCGGCGGUUUUGAUUGUGAAUGAAUAAAAAUGACAACGUUCGACUAAUGUAAUGAUCAAACAUUUUUUUUAUAUCUACGUUUUAGUGACUAAAAAAAUAGUAAUUGUUAAUCACUGUUUCAACUUUAAUAUAAUUAUGAAAUUAUGAUGAGUAAUCUUGCGUAUUAUUUGUUUGUGUUACUUUGCAGCUACAUUUUAAAUACGAAUGCAGAAUCAACUCGUUACUACUAUGACUAUGAGUGCAAUGAACCACUUGUAGCAACAUCUAAAUUAACAGCCACAUCCAGUUUGAGGGACAGAGGACCGGAUAAUGCCAAAUUAUAUGGAACAUCAGCAUGGACUUCGUUGGAAAGCUCUUACUACCAGCACCUGACGAUAAACCUCGGCAAGCGCAAGGAGCUGCGCAGUGUAGCCACUAGAGGGCGGUAUGCGACAGACGAGUACGUCACAGAGUACAUGUUGCAGUACUCUGAUGAUGGGGAGAGUUGGAGGGUCAUGACGUCGUCGGGUGGAUAUGCGCAGAUGUUCGAGGGGAACCAAGACGGCAAUACGGUGCAUAGAAAUGAAUUCGAAGUGCCUAUUAUAGCUCAGUUCAUACGUGUCAACCCAAUGAGGUGGCGCGACAAGAUCUCCAUGAGGAUCGAACUCUAUGGUUGUGAUUAUGUUGCGGAUACCAUGUACUUCAAUGGUACAUCCCUGGUGAAGGUGGACCUGCUCCGCGACCCGAUAUCGGCGUCGCGCGAGGCUAUCCGCUUCCGCUUCAAGACCAGUACAGCAUCAGGCGCGCUGCUGUACUCGCGCGGCACCCAGGGCGAUUACGUCGCGCUCCAGCUCAGGGAUAACAGGCUGGUGCUCAAUAUUGACCUUGGGUCGGGCACGUCGACGUCGCUGUCGGUGGGCAGCCUGCUGGACGACAACAUCUGGCACGACGUGGUCAUCUCGCGCAACCGCCGCGACGUGCUCUUCUCCGUGGACCGCGUCGUCGUCCAGGACCGGAUCAAGGGAGAGUUCUCGCGGCUCAACCUCAACAGGGCGAUAUACAUAGGGGGCGUGCCCAACUUCCAAGAGGGUUUAGUGGUGACUCAGAACUUCACUGGUUGCAUUGAGAACAUGUACCUGAACGCUACCAACGUGAUCCAAGACCUGAGGGCCGGUUAUGAUGCAGGAGAGCCUUUCAAGUUCCAGAAAGUUAACACAUUGUUUGCUUGUCCUGAACCUCCGGUGGUGCCCAUAACGUUCCUGAAGGAGGGCUCGUACGCGAAGCUGCGCGGCUACUCUGGCGGGAACACGCUCAACAUCUCCCUGGAGUUCAGGACCUACGAGAACCAUGGAUUGCUCAUAUACCAUCACUUCAAGAAUGACGGCGACGUCAAGGUGUUCUUGGAGGAAGGCAAGGUCAAAGUAGAGCUGGAGAUGGCUGGAUCACCUCGCGUGAAGCUGGACAACUACGCGGAGGAGUUCAACGACGGGCGCUGGCACGCGCUUAUGUUGACCAUGGCCGUCGACAGCCUCGUGCUCUCCGUCGACCAUCGCCCCGUCCGGACCACCAAGAAACUGCGGUUUUUCACCGGCUCUACUUACUAUAUUGCUGGUGGCAAGUCUCCCCCGCGAGGGUUUAUCGGGUGCAUGCGUAAGAUCGCUGUAGACGGCAACUACCGGCUGCCCACCGACUGGAAGAAGGAGGAGUACUGUUGCCCCAACGAGGUCGUCUUCGACGCCUGCCAGAUGAUUGACAGAUGCAACCCGAACCCGUGCGAGCACGGCGGCUCGUGCUCGCAGUCGGCGGCCGAGUUCUCGUGCGACUGUCACGCCACCGGCUACGCCGGCGCCGUCUGCCACACCUCGAUGCAUCCGCUGUCGUGCCAGGCGUACAAGAACGUGGCGGCCGUGUCGCGCGCCGCCGACAUCCUCAUCGACGUCGACGGCUCCGGCCCGCUCGCCGCCUUCCCCGUCACCUGCCAGUUCUAUUCGGACGGGCGCGUGGUGACGGCGGUGCGGCCGGCGGUGUCCGGCGCGGCGGUGGACGGCCACCAGGAGCCGGGCGCCUUCCGCCAGGACGUACACUACGACGCCUCGCGCGCGCAGCUCGAGGCGCUGCUCAACCGCUCGCACGCCUGCACGCAGCGCCUCGACUACGCCUGCAGACACUCGCGCCUGCUCAACUCGCCCAGUGAUGAAGGUAGCUUCCACCCGUUCGCGUGGUGGGUGUCCCGCACCGGACAACGCAUGGAUUACUGGGCUGGCGCCACGCCCGGCUCCCGCAAGUGUGCCUGUGGCCUCCUAGGUGCCUGCAUCGAUCCCACCAAGUGGUGCAACUGCGACGCGGAGUAUCCUUACCUCAAACCAGAGGAUUUCCAAACGGACGGUGGGGAGAUCACAGAAAAAGAAUUUCUGCCUGUAAAGCAGUUAAGAUUUGGCGACACCGGCAGUCAUCUUGAUGAAAAAGAGGGCCGAUACACACUUGGACCACUCAUGUGCGAGGGAGAUGAUUUGUUCAGCAACGCGGUGACAUUCCGCAUUUCGGACGCGGUUAUUUCGCUGCCGACGUUCGACCUCGGACAUAGUGGUGAUAUCUACUUUGAAUUUAAGACAACUAAAGAGAAUGCAGUAUUAUUACAUUCGAAGGGACCCCAAGAUUAUAUAAAGCUGUCGAUCAUCGGCGGCGACCAGCUGCAGUUCCAGUUCCAGGUGGGCGAUACGCCAUUGGGUGUAUCCGUAGAGACUAGCACCCGACUCGCAGAUAAUCAGUGGCACUCGGUCUCCAUCGAACGGAACAGGAAGGAGGCCCGCGUGGUAGUGGACGGCGCGCUGAAGAACGAGAUCCGCACCGCGAAGGAACCCAUCCGUGCGCUACAGCUCACCACCGCGCUGGUGCUGGGCGCGUCGCUCGACCGCAAGGACGGCUUCGUCGGCUGCAUGCGUGCGUUGCUGCUCAACGGCCGGCCGCAGGACCUGCGGGCGCACGCGCGCAGGGGGCUAUACGGCGUGGGCGAGGGCUGCGCGGGCCGCUGCGACUCGGCGCCCUGCCUCAACAACGGCACCUGCCUCGAGGGCUACGACUCCUACGCCUGCGACUGCCGCUGGACCUCCUUCAAGGGACCCAUCUGCGCCGACGAAAUCGGUGUGAACCUCCGGCCAAACUCGAUGGUGAAAUACGAUUUCCUCGGCUCGUGGCGGUCCACAAUCGCGGAAAAGAUCCGCGUCGGCUUCACCACCACCAAUCCCAAGGGUUUCCUCCUCGGAUUCUAUUCAAACAUAUCCGGCGAGUACCUCACGCUUAUGGUGUCUAAUUCAGGACACUUACGCGUGGUGUUCGACUUUGGGUUCGAGCGGCAGGAGAUCAUCUUCCAAGGGAAGCACUUCGGUCUCGGCCAGUACCACGACGUGAGGCUCUCGCGCAAGAACGGCGGCGCUACCUUAGUGCUACAGGUGGACAACUACGAGACCCAGGAGUACAACUUCAACAUCAAGGAGUCAGCGGACGCGCAGUUCAACAACAUCCAGUACAUGUACAUCGGGCGCAACGAGUCCAUGAGCGAGGGCUUCGUGGGAUGCGUGAGCCGCGUCGAGUUCGACGACAUCUACCCGCUCAAGCUGCUGUUCCAGCAGGACCCGCCGCCCAACGUGCGCGGCCAGGAAGGCGUGGUGCUGCACGAGGACUUCUGCGGCGUGGAGCCGGUGACGCACCCGCCCGAGCCCGUGGAGACGCGGCCGCCGCCCGCCCUCGACCUGCAGCACGACCUCGACUACCACCGCACCGACGAGGCCAUCCUCGGCACUGUACUGGCGUUCAUCUUCCUGCUGCUGAUAAUUGUGGCUGUGGUGUUGGUGCGCGCACUCUCCCGCCAUAAGGGAGAAUAUUUGACACAGGAGGAGCGCGGUGCAGAGGGCGCUGCCGGGCCGGACGCGGCGGCGCUGGCGGCCGCCACCGGCGCGCGCGUCACCAAGCGCAGGGAGUUCUUCAUAUAGGCGGCCGCUGCGGCCCACCACACCUACCACACCCACCACACCCACCACACCCACCACGCCCACAAACAUACAUGCUAUUAUCACACUUUAUACAGCUCACACAUCAGUAUUGUUUAAACUCAAAUCACCAUCAAUCAAUCAUAUUUGUAUUUAUAUUCUGUACUGAUUUGUAACAGUAUUCACCUGUGUCCUCAGGAAUGGCAACGCAUGGGGGGUAUAAUGGGCGAAACAGUAUACACUGUUAUGUGCAUGGUACUGCUCAUGCCUAUAGGCGACGGUUACCACUUUCCAUCGGGUUGGCCGUCAGCUUGUUUGCCAUUCUAAGUUGUGUAAAAAAAAAAAACUUUUUUGAAAGUAUAACAGUAAAGGACGGUCGUCGAAAAUAUAACAAAAUUCGAUCAUAAAUAUAUAUUAAUGUUUAAAAGUACAAUGAGUCCAUUGUGUGAUACUAUCCGCCAUUAGACAUAUUCGAUAACAAUACAAGACCUCUAGACAAGUGGCAAGCGAAUUCGUCGAUGGAAUCGACAUCGCUAGCAAGUCCAUGAGUUAGAAUGAGUCAUCCGGCGUUGCUAUCUCAUUCUAUCUCACAGAUUCGCUAGCGAUAUCGAUUCCAUUGACAAAUUCGCUUGGCACUUGUCUAGAGGCCCAGGGUGGAAGGGACAGGUUUGACAAAACAGCUGAUUCAGAUGAACAGUCUGAAUCAGAUGGCUAAUUAUUUUCUCAACGGUUAUACACCACAGCUUUUAAUGAUUCUUAGUUUUGGCGCCGCGCAAUGUAUUUGAAAUGUUACGAUCCACACGACGCGUGGUACCUACAAGGAGCACUCAGUAGUGCUUCUUCGUAGGUAGUUUUCGUAUGCUUGAGGCGUUGACCUAACACAAUUGAUUCCGUGCAUCGCGGUAGGAUUUUACGUAUAUUACGUUGCUGUUUUUUUUUGUAUUCCAUAGUAUUUCACUAUAUUUUUUUUUUAUAUUAUAACAAUAUCAUAGAUUAUAAAUGAAAAAAAAAAUGGGAAAGAAUUUUAAAUUUUCUAGAAUGAUUUUCUGUUGGUUUUCAGUUUAAAAUAAUGAUCUGAAUUCACUGUUUCAGUUUUUGCCAACCUCUCCCGUACAGCCUGUAUAUUAUGUAAAGUCGCAUAAAAUUCGACAUCAUUAGUACUUCCAUUUUAUUUAAAACUGUAUCUUGUCGCUGUUUUACUUAUAAACUAUCUUUUAGAGAUGUCUAUUUGCACAGUAUGAAAUCAGGGGGUCUAUCACGUAAUGAAAUUUGGAAUUUUCGGGCUCAAUUUCGUAUUUUUGUUCGUACUAAAAUCGGCACAGUAAAUGGAGCUUAACAUUUCGUUCGUCAUAAAUCCUUCCUUAAUAUGUAAUUCGAAGAAACGAUAUUUUAACAUUUUUAACAGUGUUUAUUAUGUUAUUUUGACGUCAAAAUCGGGUUUCGUUCGGUUCCGAAAUUUCGGAAAAUAUUUCAUGGUAGGCCCUCAGAACUGAUGACAUAAAACGUUCGAUUCGUAGCGACGUUUAUAUCAAGCACAGUACAAAAUGUUGUGGUCAUUGUAUCUCUAAUACGUGUGUAAUCUAAGCUUAAAACGUUAAAACUAUAAUAGAUAUGCCAUUAGCCACUUGAUAGAAAUCUAUAUCGUUCUGCCUUAAGUACUAAACUCUUUACUAAAAAAAAGUGUGUUAACCUUAUUUUAAAUAUCGAAGUAUUUUGUCUUUUUCCUAUGUGCUAAGUUCUCAAUGGGAAAGAAAGUGACAAAACACUGUGAUUAGUUACAGUAGUAGUAAAAGUAAUGUUGUAACUCGAAACAUUUGUGUUACAAAUAUAUCCUUCCAAGUG